AUGACUGUUCAUGAGACAAAAAUUCAACUUGUGAAUCAAUCCCGAAAUAAAUCUUUACAUGAACAUAUUGAACUUAUGUCCACGUCAAAUAAAUCUAUAUCAACCAUCGACUCCAACAAAUUCUGUAUUGAUCAAUUCAAAGAGAAUAUAUUAAAGGACAUUGCCAAUAUUAACAACUCUCUCGUAGUUUUAACCAAGAGAAUAAAAACACUGGAAAAUACUUUUGUUAUCAAAGAUUUCGCUGGGAAACUAAAUAAGCAUUAUGAGCAAAGCAGAUGUUAUAAACGAAAUCUGUAA